GACUUUUGUGUCAAUGCAUUCAACGACCAAGAAAUCCACUUGGCGAGACUGUAGCUAGGCAUUUCGAGUCUUUACAGCACAUAUUUUGAUACAGAUCUUACAUACAUAUCACUGAGGUGUCUGCUAACCUUCCCUUUUUGGUACUCGAACCCAUCCUUCCUCACACCAUACAAGGCAACCUUUCCCAUUCAUGCACACAUUGGGCGCCAGCCUUCCAAACAGCGGGCUCGACAGCGACAGCACAAGUCAGGUAGGCAGGGACAAGAUGGCCGCGAAACCACCCCCUUCGCUCUGCAAGUAUUGCGCGCAGAUCGACUUCAGCAUCCUGCGCCUCCCGACCGACGCGGACCUCGACGCGGCCAACCGCGGCGCCGUCGUCGACGCCCAGCCGUUCCGCCUCAGCCGCGACAUGGCGGCCGGGCGCGUCCGGCCCCCUCGCUGGCGUCUGGGGUCGCGCGCCCGCAUCGAGCGGUCCUCGGCCACCUGCGGGCUCUGCGCCGCCAUCUGCGCCCUCGUCCGCGACACGCCCGACAUCCGGUCCGCCUUGGCGGGCCACAAAACAAUAGAUGGCGGCGGCGGUACCGGCGGGCUGCUGUGCUCCGCGGGUGUCGAAGGCACUGUAGAACUACACCCGCUGCCGGGAAAGGGGUGGGAGGCGAGCACGGGCUACUACCGCUGCUAUCGGCUCGGCCUGGACUGGUGGACCCCCCGCGGCCCCGACGACCUGGAGCUGCCGCCCGGGCACGUGGGCGGCGAGUACAGCGCCGCGGCGGUCGGGCCCGCCGUCACCUCGGCCGUCGACUGCUUCCAGACCUAUGGUGGGAGUGGCGGCGGCGGCGCGGAAGGCGGCCGGCCGCAGUUUGGGGGGAGGAUCAGGCCGCCCAUGGUUGACAUGAGCCUGCCGAAAAGAUGGCUGAACGACUGCAUCGAGGGGCACGGCGGCGAAUGUCAAGGCUGGGCUGCGCAUCAAGCCGAUGGUGUGGUCAGGGAGCUCGCCGCGCCGGCGCUGCCACGACUCCUGCGGCUGAUCGACACUCGGAGCAAGCGGCUGGUCGAGUUCGAGAACCCGAUGGCUAGUCACCUGCACUAUGCCGCACUUAGCUACGUCUGGGGCGAGAAGCAACGCAUAGUCCUCCUCUCAUCCAACCACGCCGCCCUCCAGCUCCCCCACUGCCUCGACGGCGAGGUGGCCUCGCCCACGAUCCAAGACGCGAUCCAGUUCGUCGCCGCGCUGGGCAUCCCCUACAUCUGGGUCGACGCCCUCUGCAUCAUGCAGGACAGCGCCGCCGACAAGGCCGUCCAGAUCGGCGCCAUGGCCGCCGUCUACGCCUGCGCCGCCGUCACCGUCGUAGCCGCCGCCGGGCCCGACGCCGGCUCGCGGCUGCCGGGCGUGCGCGAGCCGCGGACCAGAAAGCAGACUCGCGUGCGCGUCGGCCCCGACGUGGAGCUGCUGACGUCGCUCUCGCCCCUCGUCGCCCGCGCGGCUAGCCGGUCGGCCAUCCCGGGCGACGCGCACGUGCUCAACAGCACGGCAUGGGCGACGCGCGGCUGGACGCUGCAGGAGCGCGCCGUGUCGCGCCGCCUGCUCGCCUUCACGCCCGACCAGCUGGUCUGGAGCUGCCCGGCGCUGGCCGAGUGCGAGGAGACCGAGUGCUCGUCGUCGUCGUCGCCAGAUCUGGCCGUGGCCAGGUUCGACGCGCUCGGCAGCCGCACCCCGCAGCGCCUGAGCCUGACGGAACGCUUCGCCAACGGGCCGUCGGGAGCGGGGGAGGAGGAGGAUGGGCGCGGCCACUUUUGGUACGCGUUCCAGCACCUGGUGCUGGACUUUUCGUCGCGCGCCCUGCGCUUCCCGGGCGACGCGCACGACGCCUUCGGCGCCGUGCUCGCGCAGGCGGCCGCCAUGACGGGCGAGGAGUUCGUGUGGGCGUUGCCCGCGGGUCAGUUCGCAUUGGCCUUGACGUGGACGCCGUGGCGGGAGGGUUUGAGGAGGAGGGAGGAGGUGACGACGUUGCCCGCCACCACGCUCAACAGAGAGGUGCCGUUUCCGUCCUGGUCGUGGCUGGGGUGGACGGGGAGGGUUCAGUACCGGAUAGGCGAGCAGGUGGAGGCAGGCCUUGAACCGAACGUCGUCUGUUAUACCAUCAGACAUGCACCCAGCAUCCAUCUGCAGCGAAUAGGGGGCGCGGCGGAUGUGCCUGCACCCAAGGCGCCGAAAACGCCUCCUACUACAGUUACUCUACAAGACAUUCAACAGCACUACCCCCAGUUGGGAGGGCCGGCGGGACUCAGCAACGUCCCCGACAACCAGAUGAUCUUUUUCUGGGCCGAGUGCGCCUACUUCAACAUUUCCGCCAGGCUAGACAUGGGCCGCGGCAUCUUCAUGAGGUUCGUGUAUGACGCCAACGGCGUGAACGUGGGAAGGAUUUCACCCUGUCGCGAGGACACUCAGGAGGAGGACCCUGAGACCGCGCACCGUCGCUUCGUUCUCUUGGCCACCAGUAAGCAGACGAGCAUCCCAUCCGAGAAGAUUGUCCUGAUGCUGCAGCUACGCGAUGGAGUUUGGUUUCGGUCAGACAUGGCCGUUAUAGAGGAGGACGGGUGGUUGAGCGCUGGUCCAAAGAGCGAGUUGGUGGGCCUUGCUUGAGGACGAAGAUUGCACAUCCAUCUGUCCAGGCCAACCUAGAACAGCGUAGGCAAUGUCCCAGACGGCUUUCCGCAAGGCAGAUCAUGUCCCCUGCACACCAUUCUUCCUGCAGUUAGGUGCCCCUCAAGGAAGUGGUAGGCAACCAUUCGGGCACCAGUAAAAGUGUGCAUCUGCCCAAUCGGAUCCGAAGAUGAUCCCAUGCAGCAGUGUGGCAGUGUAUGUAGAUAUUGGACAGCCCUCCCUUGGCGCAGAGGGGCGCGGCAGGCUGCCCGCCCUCCCCCUACGCCAAGCAGCCGCUUCAAAGUCACUAGUCGC